AUGGCAGAAACAACAGUGGCUGCAGCAGUCGUGAAGGGUUCUGACGCUGACGCACAGAAAGAUGACGGUUCCGCUAAACCUGUCAAACGUGCGGAGGUUGGAGACAAGGAUAAGAAUGCACUCGAGGAAGACACUGACCAUGGUGAAGAAGGCAACAAUUCAAGUGCGAAGAAGUUAUCCAAGAAGGGGUCAUCAUCGGGAAAGUCCCACAAACGCCAAGGAGAUAGCAAACCACCAAGGGCUCCUACGCCCUAUAUUAUAUUCUCCAAUGACAUCCGCGAGUCCAUCAAACAGAGGAAUCCUGACAUGAAGCCAACAGACAUUAUGAAGGCAAUCGGUGAACAAUGGCGGAACCUGCCCAAAGAGGAGAAAAAGACCUACGAGGAUAAGGCAGAGGUGGAAAAGGCCAAGCUUGGACUAGAACAGGGUAACACGGAUGGGCCAGUCUCCACACACAAAGAUGCUAUUGUUGCUGGAUUCAAGGAAACUGAGGAAGGAGAUGUUGAGGAGAUAGAGCAGCGAACUGCUAAUGGUGUCCUGGACCUCGACGACAUCUCUGCAGGAAGCAUGCUUGAGGUAAGCUUUGGGUUAUAA